AUGAAGAGAAAGAUAGAUUUGGUUGAAGAAGAACACGAGAGUGAACAUGAAGAAAGUGAAAGUUCUGGUGAUGAAAGCGAGGGUGAAGAACCAAGAAUAAAAGAUGUUUUGAGUCAUCUUUCCCAAGCAGUGUCGGAAAAGCGUGCUUCUGAUUUGCUGCAUAGUAUGGCCGCUUCCAAAGAUAUUCUUUUCUGGACUCCCAGCGGACAAUUACUUCGAAAUAAACACACUAUUCCCGUCACAAACAUCGCCGAGCUAGUUGAGUAUGUGUUACUCAGGUAAAUUAAGGCAUGGGUCCCCAAUGAUUCAGUCAAAAAGUGAUGGGGGGGGGGGUGGUCUAUCUCUGAGCACUUAAGCAGUAAAUAAAUGAGACUUUGCCAGAUACAUACAUGUGAGGUUUCUGUCAAUUAGGUGAUUUUCAAUUAUGCAAAUGUUGUCACGUGACUCCACAAGGCCAGAAAACAAUAAAAAGUCUUUAAACGAAAAUGGCAACACUUUUUGUUGUGAGUUAUUAAACCAGACUGGUUUAGGACAAUGUGUAAUGCAAGCAUCUACAAAACUGUGCUUGGCCUUUUUUGAAUUUUUUACUGUUUUAGAAAAUAAACGACUUUUUCAACUAGACCCAGUCCCCCAAAGGAUUUGUAUCCCAUCUUAACGCCUUGGAUUUGAUAUAUCUAAAAAAGGCCAAGCACAGAAGUGAUAUAUUAAAAGGUCUUAACAUUAUGCAACCCGUAAAAUGAUUGAGAACACACGAAAAAGUGUUGCCGUUUCAAGAACAAGCUUUUUCAGCCGAUAGAGGUCACGUGACCUAAUUUGCAUAAUUUUAAAGCACGAAAUUGACACAAACUGAAGAUGUGGGUAGCUGGCAAAGUUUUAUGUCUCUUCAUCUAAAGCUCUUAGAUAUAGACCACCCCCUCAGUUUUGAAGAGAGCAAAUUAAGGCAAAUUGAGGCCCAUGCCUUAAUUUACCUGAGUACUCCCCCAUAACAAUGAGGUUACCAAGCCUCGUGUGCUGAGUACGUUUCUAGAUGGACUUACAGAGUUAGGAAUCGAUAAAGGUUUAAUCAAGAACAAAAUGUUGUUAAGUGAUCUAAUAGAAAAGGAAAAAGGCUACCGAAAUGUAGAAAAUACUUCCGAUAACGAGAGUAAUAAUGAGGAGAGUUCAUUGGAUAUUGAAAAUCAGGAGGAGGAUGAGGAAGUGGCUUCUGAGAAUGGCGUUGAAGCUGAAGGCACCCAAGAGAGCGACAACGACACUAAAAACGAUAGUGAGGAAACAGAAAGUAGUAGCCCUGAAACGUCCACCACCUUUCACUCUAAAUGUCCCUGUGAACAUUGCGAAAACUCUAAUGUGUACUCGACAUUGAUCAUGAAAUGUCCU